CCCCACCCCCACUCCCAUUUCACAGUAUCUCACCCAUUGUUUACCACUCCGACCGCAGAAUCGAAAGAUCUGGAGCAGGGAAGGAAAAAAAGGCGCCUACCAGAUGCCUGGAACAGUCUACUAGGCGCUACGAGAACAUUAGCUCUUUCAAUGCUCACAACAGCCCAGCCAGAUGUUAUCUCAUCUUACAACAGAAUAAAUUUAAGACCUCUGGCUGGACACUACAGGCUGGCGAAGGACAUGACCUUUGAUCAGAAUCUCAUGGAGGAGUGGGGUCCCUGACCAUUGUCUCUUCCAGAGAACCUUAAAACUGAGACCCCAGGAGACCCUCUCGGAUACUCUGCAGGAGUCAGAGUCACAAUAUUAGCAAGCACAUCGCAGCCCUGCGAACUCUUUCUGGCUCAACUCUCGACAGAAGAAAUCAAGCCCCAAUCAAAAUACAACAUAUUAGGCCUAUCACCCUCUCCCCCGGCCCCAAAAUUCUCAGGGGAAAUCCCCUAAGAGUCAGGUAGGGAGGUCACUGCAGCGACUUCAGGGUGCAGAGAUCGCGAGGAACUAGAGGACGCUCCAGCCCACCUGGGCGUCUCUGAUUGGCCGCCAGCUCAGCUUGGAACGCUGGGGUGUAUGGCGUCAUAUCCGCCGGGCCCGCCAUCUUGUUCCCAGGGGCAGUUGGCGGAAGAGAUCGAGCUCUCUGGCCGCCGGCUCGCCUUCUCGGUGGAGUUCUCGCGGUCUGCGUUUCGCUGUCUGCUCUCGGCCCGGGGUGCUUUUGUCGGCGUCCCGCUUACCCUCCCUUACCCGGCUGGGGCACAGUGAGGCGGCCCCUUCUCCCGACGACGUUCCAUGGAGUAGGGUCCCGGACCGUUGUCCCGAAGAGCGAGAUCGAGCUUGGCCCCCUCCCCCCCCUCCUUCCCUCCCUCCUUCCUUCCGCCGCAACAUGGCUAACAACAGCCCCGCGCUGACAGGCAACUCGCAGCCGCAGCACCAGGCGGCCGCUGCCGCGGCUCAGCAACAGCAGCAGUGCGGCGGCGGCGGCGCCACCAAGCCAGCGGUCUCGGGCAAGCAGGGCAAUGUGCUCCCGCUGUGGGGCAACGAGAAGACCAUGAACCUCAACCCCAUGAUCCUAACCAACAUCCUGUCGUCGCCUUACUUCAAAGUACAGCUCUACGAGCUCAAGACCUACCACGAGGUGGUGGACGAGAUCUACUUUAAGUUUACAGCUUUAAAAUUAUUCCUUUUGACGUGGAUCUACUGAGCGCCAACUUGUUGGUGCUUCUCCCGCUCACCCCUGGCCAGGGCGUGUAAUGACUUCAGUGUUGGCCUCGUGUUGUUGGUACUCACUAUCCGAUCCAGACAGGGAAAUGGUCACGCACGUUGAACCAUGGGAGAAAGGAAGCAGGAAAACAGCAGGCCAGACAGGGAUGUGCGGAGGGGUUCGAGGUGUUGGAACAGGAGGAAUUGUUUCUACAGCAUUUUGCCUGUUAUACAAAUUAUUUACCCUCAAGUUAACCCGAAAGCAAGUGAUGGGUCUUAUAACACACACAGACUCUCCAUAUAUUAGAGCGCUUGGAUUUAUGUAUAUAAGAUAUACACAGCCCCCUACAGAUCUAUGGGACUGGUUUGAAUCCUUCCUUGAUGAUGAAGAGGACCUAGAUGUGAAGGCUGGCGGAGGCUGUGUAAUGACCAUUGGAGAAAUGCUACGAUCUUUUCUCACAAAACUGGAGUGGUUUUCUACCUUGUUUCCAAGAAUUCCAGUUCCAGUUCAAAAGAAUAUUGAUCAACAGAUUAAAACCCGACCUAGAAAAAUUAAGAAAGAAGGGAAGGAAGGCGUUGAGGAAAUAGACAGACAUGUUGAACGCAGACGUUCAAGGUCUCCAAGGAGAUCUCUGAGUCCACGGAGGUCCCCAAGAAGAUCAAGAAGUAGAAGUCAUCAUCGAGAGGGCCAUGGGUCUUCUAGUUUUGACAGAGAAUUAGAAAGAGAGAAAGAACGCCAGCGACUAGAGCGUGAAGCCAAAGAAAGGGAGAAAGAACGUCGAAGAUCCCGAAGUAUUGAUCGGGGGUUAGAACGCAGGCACAGCAGAAGUAGGGAAAGGCAUAGAAGUCGCAGUCGGAGUCGUGAUAGGAAAGGGGAUAGAAGGGACAGGGAUCGGGAAAGAGAGAAAGAAAAUGAGAGAGGUAGAAGACGAGAUCGUGACUAUGAUAAGGAAAGAGGAAACGACCGAGAAAAAGAGAGAGAGCGAUCAAGAGAAAGGUCCAAGGAACAGAGAAGUAGGGGAGAGGUAGAAGAGAAGAAACAUAAAGAAGACAAAGAUGAUAGGCGGCACAGAGAUGACAAAAAAGAUUCCAAGAAAGAGAAAAAACACAGUAGAAGCAGAAGCAGAGAAAGGAAACACAGAAGUAGGAGUCGAAGUAGAAACGCAGGGAAACGAAGUAGAAGUAGAAGCAAAGAGAAAUCAAGUAAACAUAAAAAUGAAAGUAAAGAAAAAUCAAAUAAACGAAGUAGAAGUGGCAGUCAAGGAAGAACUGACAGUCUUGAAAAAUCAAAAAAAUGGGAACAUAGCCCCAGCAAAGAAAAAUCUAGAAAGCGUAGUGGAAGCAAAGAACGUUCCCACAAACGAGAUCACAGUGAUAGUAAGGACCAGUCAGACAAACAUGAUCGUCGAAGGAGCCAAAGUAUAGAACGAGAGAGCCAAGAAAAACAACAUAAAAACAAAGAGGAGACUGUGUGAAAAUAUUUUGUAAAAGUGGAUCACAUUGAAUCCUAUAGAUGAUUAAAUCUGCUUUUUUUCCCCCAAGUUGAGGUUGUGCAGUAGUUCGUACUCCUCAAGCUCUCCCUGUAGGCUGCAUUUUCAUUUCCUCUUUUGUGUAGGGAAGUGCCUUUGUAAUUCCAUUUAUUGCAUUGAUGUUUUCACCCAGUUGUUAAGUUUGAUACAUGAUGCACAGAUUGUUCUUGCAUUUUUAUUGUUUGUUUUUGAAAUGUACAGUCUGUACAUAUGUCCUGAAAUGUUUUAAUUCCUUUGGCAUGGUUGCCAUGUUGGUCAAAUUUGUAUAAGGCAAUAAACUGCCACUAAUCUAUUUUUGUUUUGUAGGUGUGGGAUUAUGGUUUGUGUACUGAAGUUAGCAUGGCUGUGCUUUUCGUAAUAGAAUGCUAAAGACUUUGAGAAUGGAUCUUGGAUGUCUGUUAUAGGAGAAAUAUGUGCUGUCAAUAUACAUGAAGGCAGCAUUGUAGGAUUAACAUUCUUGUCCACUGUAUAUUAUCUUGGAAGGCUCUUGUUAAUAUGUUACACUUAAUAUUCUCCACAGUUACCCUUAGAGAGAAUUUAUGAGAAGUUAGUUUCUGAUGCAGAGGUUUUUAGGCUGUGAUUUCAUGAAAAGUCCUUUUAGCAUUCUACCUCAAAGGGACACUUAGUAUGCCUAAAAUUUAUUCACUUAGUUUUCCUUUUUUAUUUGAAAAAAAUACAUGACAUGUAAUCUUUUUUCUUGAAUUCUUUCUCAGAUUUUGAAGUACUAUAUUAAAGAAAAAAAUUAAUGUCUAAAGCCUAGCAUUCUUGCAGAACCCUGUACUAACAUGUAAUUGGGAGAGGGUGGGGCAAAUAAGUAGAGAAACAGAUUCAAGCCUCAAGCUUCCAAAGCAUUUUUAUAAAUGGAAAAUCCUUAAAUUAUGAAACAGCUUGAUAUAAUAUCCUUUUUUAAAAAUUCAGAACUUUUUUUAUUGAUAAUGGAGAUUGCUGUUGGAGUUUUUAAAGUUAAUCUAGAACAGAGGAGUAUUAAAAGUAAUGCUAUGCUGCAUUAUUUAAGACUAUCAGCAAAUUAUUUGAUAGAUUGUUCUUAUGACUUGUAUUCUGAUUACAGAGAACCAUCAUGAGUGUGGAAUAAAUACUGGAUUAAAUCCUUUA